UGCACUAAUGCUUGUUCCCGUUCCUUUUGAUGGAAUGGGAUAUCGAUCCUGGAGAAGGAGCAUCAUGCGAUCUCUCUCAGUGAAAAACAAAUUAGGCUUUAUUAAUGGUGAUUUCCCAAAGCCUACUGCAAAUUCUCCUCAAUUGCGUCUUUGGCAAAGAUGCGAUGAUAUGGUCACAUCGUGGAUCCUCAAUUCUCUUGCUAAAGAUAUCGCAGAUAGCGUUGAAUACGUUACUGAUUCGGUUGAAUUGUGGAAGGAAUUGGAGGAUCGAUAUGAUCAAACUAAUGGCGCGAAGUUAUACCAAAUUCAGAAAGAGAUUAAUGAUCUAACUCAGGGUGUUCUGGACAUUACUUCUUACUAUACUAAAAUGAAGAGAUUGUGGGAGGAACUUAGUAAUCUAAAUGCCAACAAUCAGUGCACCUGCACAUGUCUCUGUGGAGCCAAGGAUGGUACACACAAAGCUGAACAAGACAGGCGUUUGAUUCAGUUUCUAAUGGGCCUUAAUGAGGUUUACACCGUUAUCAGGGGCAGUGUCCUCAUGAUGAGUCUUUUGCCUUCAAUGGCACAAGCCUUUUCCAUCUUAAUACAGGAAGAAAAAUAGAGGGAAUUUAAGCCAAAAGGCCAGAUGUUGAUGGAAUCUGCUUCCUUGAAUGCAGGAAGUCACUCUACAGGGAAUUACUCUGCUGGUGCAGGCCCUUCAAACUCAAAAGGUUUUAAAACUAACUAUUCUGCAGGAGGCAGCAGUAGCAUGACUAGUACAAGCAAGUCAAAUUUGUUCUGUGACCAUUGCAAGAGGUCAGGACACAUCAUGGCAAAGUGCUACAAGCUGCAUGGAUAUCCUCAGGAUACUCAGAAUCAGACCUAUGGAAGGAAUGGAUACAACAAUAACAAUGAGUAUAGAAACCCUCCAAGGCAGAAUCAAAGCAACAAUCCCAGGUUUAACAAAGGAAAAAGGGUAGCAACUAAUGUUCAUGGAUCAGAUGUGUUUUCUGGAAAUGAUGAAUACAUUGACAAAGGAAAUCAGCCUAUGAGCCUCACCAGGGAGCAAUAUGGGCAUGUGAUGAAUUUGCUUCAACACUUUCAUGGUGGAGAAGCCUCCAGUAGCAGUAAUAAUCCCACAGAAGGAGCAGUAGACCUUGCAGGCCCCUUCACUGAAGAGGCCUCAGGUAAUUGGUAACAACAAGGAUGGACUUUAUUUCAUGUGCACAAAGUGUCUCAAGACUGAUUUCCAGCCUGAGCAUUGCUCUUCUAAGCCUGAGAGUUGCUCUUCUAAGAAUUGUUCACCUGUUUCCAAUUCUCAUGCUUCAUUCAAUUCUUUUAAUUCUUGUCAUCUGCAAAGUACUGUAAUGAAUCCUAUCUCAUGUAAUAAAAAUGAAUUGCUUUCUAUGACUUCUUGCUUAUCUCAUGGAAAUAAUGUAGAUCUAUUGUGGCAUACUAGACUAGGACAUGUUCCUUUUGCCAAGAUGAGAGGAAUAUCAUCCAUACCAGCAAAGUUUUCCCACAAACAACCUUUUCUGUGUUCAGUGUGCCCCCUUGCUAGACAAACAAGACUUCCUUUUAGCCAAAGUACCAGAAUUUCAACUAAGAUCUUUGAACUACUCCACAUAGAUUUAUGGGGCCCUUAUCAUGUAGCUACUUAUAACAAUUACAGAUAUUUCCUGACUAUGGUGGAUGAUCAUAGUAGAACCACUUGGACUCACCUCCUAAGUUGUAAGAGUAAUGCUCUGCAGACUAUUAAAGCAUUUAUUACCCUAGUUGAAAAUCAAUUUUCUACUACUGUCAAGACCAUUCGAUCAGACAAUGGUUUAGAAUUUACUAGCAAUGAGGCCUCCCUUUUCUUUCAAUCAAAGGGCAUAAUCCAUCAAAGGACUUGUCCCUACACACCACAACAAAAUGGUAUAGUAGAAAGGAAACACAAAUACCUUCUUGAGACAGCAAGGGCUCUGUUGUUUCAAUCUAAAUUGCCCACUAAAUACUGGGGAGAGUGUGUGUUAACAGCCACAUACAUCAUUAAUAGACUCCCUAGUUCUUACUUGAAUAACAAAUGUCCUUUUGAAAUCCUGCACAAAACACAACCAGAUUAUUCCUCCUUAAGGAGCUUUGGCUGUUUAUGCUACCCAACUGUACCAAAAGUCCAUAGAGGCAAAUUUGAACCUAGAACUGGCCCUCAUAUCUUUAUAGGAUACCCUUUUGGUACCAAAGGCUACAAGGUCCUAUGUCUAACCACAAAAAGAAUACAUAUUUCUAGAGAUGUGAUUUUUCAUGAGAAUGUAUUUCCUUUUGCAUUACGUACACAUAAAGGCACUUUUCCAUCUGUUUUACAUUCUAUUCCUUUUGUAGAAACAAACAUUGACAUGCAUGAUGUUGUAGAUUGUAAUGUUCCUAAUGCCAAUUUGUAUCAACCUUGCCCUAUGCCAUACCUACCUAAUGAUAAUACCAUCAUUGAGUCUUCUUCCUUGCCAGUUCCUACACCACAACCAAUAAAUCCAAUAAGGAAAUCCCAUAGAACUCCACAGGUUCCCUCGUACUUAAGUGAUUACAUCUGCUCUUUACCCUCACUUAGAAACACCAAUGCGACAUCAGCCCUCACUCCUAUAUUACCUCUUCAUACUGUUUUCUCAAACAAUAGUCAUAUUGCUCCUGAUAAUCUGAGUCCUAAUAGUCAGCUACUUGUUAAAAAUGUCUGUCAUGAUCAUGAGCCAUCAUCUUUUGAGGAAGCAGCCCUUUAUCCUGCUUGGCAAGCUGCAAUGACACAAGAGUUUGAGGCUCUUCAUAACAACAAGACUUGGGAUUUGGUUCCAUUA